AUGGCUGCCGCAGGAGGAGAGUCGAGUAUUAUUACUCAGGUCCAGCAAGGGGGGCCGCCGAUUAAUACCCUGUCAGACAUCAAUGCCGAUGAGACGAUAACGAUGGACCUGCGGGGCACCCGCUUCACGCUGUCCCGAGAUGAGCUCUUGACGUUACCUGAAUUCGUCCUGCUCUCGCUUUUCCCCAAUGGCCUCUUCCCGGAAGGGCACAUGGGCGGCGGCUUCCAAGACGGCGACGCCGUUCAAGUUGAUUACGACCCGGCUUCCCUGCAGUACAUGCUUGACUUUUUCCGGGGUGUCGCUUCUUCGAUUCCUGCCACCACCAGCGAAGACGGCAGCGAUGUGGUGGGUGUUGAUCCUGCUGCGCGAGAGCAGAGGGACGACAGCAGCAGGCGCGCGGGCAUUAUUGUCUUGAGGGAGGAUCUUGACUUUUAUGCGAUCCCGCACAAGCAGGACAUCGGCCAGGAAGAGAUGAUGGAUGUCAAGAGGGCGGCGGCGAAGAAGUUGCUGGAGCAGGGGGGGAUCUUUAGCGGGUUGAAGAAGAGUGAUGAGCCGGGGACGACGGAGGCGCAUUUGAUUGAGAUGUUGACUGCCGGUGGUUUUAACCAUGAUGAUCACUGGGGUCAUCGGGCUGGCGAGCCCAACAAGGCGGUCAUCUGCAGCUUGGCGCUUGCGAGGCUGAGGUCGGAUAUCAGGGGGAACGAGAUGGGGAAUAAUGCUGUGGGGAUGGCGCAGAAGCUGCUGCUUUUCUGGCGGAAGCCGGCGAGGAGGUGCUGGUGGGAGGGGGUUGAGCUGGAGGGGGUGGAGGGGGUGCCGCAGGGGCAGAAGUUGAAGGUUUGGAUUCGGAGAGUUUGGACUUUGGAGAUGAGUGUAAUUGGGUUGCGUUGA